UGUGCGAGACGGCAGCCGGGAAGCGGCCGGGCGGCGGCGCCGGCGCCCGGGCCAAGAUGGCGGUGCAGGAGUCGGCGGCCCAGCUCUCCAUGACGCUGAAGGUGCAGGAGUACCCCACGCUCAAGGUGCCCUAUGAAACGCUGAACAAACGGUUCCGGGCUGCACAGAAAAACAUUGACCGCGAGACUAGCCACGUCACCAUGGUGGUAGCAGAGCUGGAGAAGACUCUGAGCGGCUGUCCAGCUGUGGAUUCCGUGGUUAGCCUCCUCGACGGCGUAGUUGAAAAACUCAGCGUCCUGAAGCGAAAGGCAGUGGAGUCUAUCCAAGCCGAAGAUGAGAGCGCAAAGUUGUGCAAGCGCAGGAUCGAGCAUCUUAAAGAGCAUAGCAGUGACCAACCAGCUGCCGCAAACAUGUGGAAAAAAAAGCGCAUGGAUCGCAUGAUGGUGGAACAUCUCUUGCGGUGCGGCUACUACAACACAGCUGUAAAAUUAGCCCGGCAAAGUGGCAUUGAGGACUUGGUAAAUAUUGAGAUGUUCUUGACUGCCAAAGAAGUAGAAGAAUCCUUGGAAAGACAAGAAACAAUGACUUGUUUAGCUUGGUGUCAUGAUAACAAAUCUAGGCUCAGAAAGAUGAAGAGCUGUCUGGAGUUCAGCCUAAGGAUUCAAGAGUUCAUUGAGCUAAUUCGACAGAACAAGAGACUGGAUGCUGUGAGGCACGCGAGGAAACAUUUCAGCCAGGCCGAAGGCAGCCAGCUGGACGAAGUGCGGCAGGUGAUGGGAAUGCUGGCCUUCCCUUCAGACACACACAUCUCGCCAUACAAGGACCUUCUGGACCCCGCCCGAUGGAGGAUGCUCAUCCAGCAGUUCCGAUACGACAACUACCGGCUGCAUCAGCUGGGGAACAACUCCGUCUUCACUAUAACACUGCAGGCUGGGCUUUCAGCUAUAAAAACACCACAAUGUUACAAGGAGGACGGCAGUUCAAAGAACCCCGACUGCCCCGUGUGUAGCAAGUCGCUAAAUAAGCUGGCCCAGCCGCUGCCGAUGGCCCACUGCGCCAACUCGCGCCUGGUCUGCAAGAUUUCGGGAGAUGUGAUGAACGAGAAUAAUCCUCCAAUGAUGCUUCCCAACGGCUACGUGUAUGGAUACAAUUCUUUGCUUUCUGUUCGUCAGGAUGACAAAGUAGUUUGUCCAAGAACCAAAGAGGUCUUCAACUUCUCACAAGCUGAGAAGGUCUACAUUAUGUAACUCCCUCAUAGACACAGCAAAGUGCCGCUGGAAUUUGGUACAAUAUAUUCUGGCUUGCCUGUAGCGAGAGAUCGUAAAUGUGGGAAAGAGAGCUGUCACUUUGGGUGGGGUGGGGGUCAGAUUUGUUGGUGGCAUUUUUUCUUGCGACCAAAGAUCAGUGAGCACCAAUACGCAGUCUUAGAAAGUGAGGGUGUGUGACUAAAAGGUUGUACUUGGAGGGAACAAAUUUUGAAUGUUUGGAUUUUGUAAUAGUAAUUGGACUCUUCUCAAAUACUCAUCCAGAAAAAGAACCUUACUCAAAUGGACCGUUUUGCUUGAGGACAAAAAGUUGCAAUGGAUCUCAAAGGUGCCACUUCACACUUCCAGACCUGUUUUCAGUAUCAUCAGUGUGUAACCAUGUGUGGAACAGGUGUUGUUUGAAGGGGCCAAAUAUGCUAAACUGUUCUACAUGCACCACGGAGCUAGGUCAUCAGAUCUUCCGAUUGUGUGCAGGGUAUUGUGUGCGUGCGUGCGCGUGUGUGGACCGAAAGGGAGCACCCGUGCGCGCCUCCUGUCGAGAGGCUUUUGUCGCCAUGGGACACACAAGCUGGAAACACGUUUGCUACGUCCAAGAGUGAUGUGGGGCCUCACUGCGCUUCCUUGCUGUGCCAGCAAUCGGCCGAGACCCUUUUGUUUGGUAUCCUCUUACACUCUGCCCUCAGAGCAAUCCCAGGGGCCAUUGUCACGCCUUCUGCGGAACAGAUGCUUGGUGACCCCUAACAUGAGACUUGACUUCACUGGAGGAAUUACGAGUUCCUUUGAAAGGAAAUGCAAGCAUUACUUCUCAUCUCCGAAAGUCCUCUACUCUUUAAGAAUCUUAGGAAGACCACAUAAAUACAAGGAACUGGAAAUGGGACAGGCAUAACAUGCUGCCCGUAUGCCUGUUCUUCCUCCAGUUGACCAUAGUGGUAAGAUCCUUCAUUUAUUAGUUACUAUGUGCAUAGGAUUCAAUAUCAAACCAUUAGUGCUACUGCCUUAUUUCUUGCUUUGAGAAUGUACUCACAUAAAAUUCAGCUGGUAACCUUAAGUGUUGGGCAAGUUUUGAAGAUGCCUUGCAAGAUAAUUAUGUAAUUUUAGGGUAUUCAUUACAGCAGAGAUUAGUUCAGUUUUGACAGCUACAAAUCACAUCUUUAUCACUCUCCAAACAAAACUCAUUGUAGUUUAUAGAAGUUUGUAUUUAGCCUUUAUUUUUGCAUGUUGAUGUUGAUUAGCUAAAUAAAGACUGUAAACUGAA